UCAAUCAUUCAUUUCCUUCUCCAAUCAUUUACAAGACUUCCAUUCCUCUCUAACAACCUUUGUACGGCAGAUUUCUCUUCCCCAAAGUUAAUAUGGCGUCUCGUUUAACUAGCCGCCGACAGUUGCCUUUUGCUUUUACCACGACGAUGCUGCUCGCGUCUCUCCUGCUCUUCACUUCCCCGGCGGAAGCCCAGCUAUCGAGUAACUUCUACGACUCGACCUGCCCCACCGCACUCACCACCAUCCGCUCCGGCAUCCAGGCCGCCGUCCGAACCGAGCAGCGGAUGGCCGCCUCCUUAAUCCGCCUCCACUUCCACGACUGUUUCGUCCAGGGCUGCGACGCCUCCAUCCUCCUCGACGACACACCUUCCUUCACCGGCGAGCGAACCGCCCGUCCCAACGCCAACUCCGUCCGCGGCUACGAAGUCAUCGACGACGUCAAGUCGCAGCUCGAAAGCCAGUGCCCGGGGGUCGUCUCCUGCGCCGACAUCGUCGCUGUGGCAGCCCGCGACGCGUCCGAAGCAGUAAAUGGUCCCACGUGGACGGUCAACCUGGGGAGGAGGGAUUCGACCGACGCCAGCAGAGCCGCCGCCGAAUCCGACCUCCCAGGGUUCAACGACCCGCUCGACAGGCUCGUCGAGCGGUUCGACACCAAAGGGCUGAGCGCCAGGGACAUGGUGGCCCUCUCUGGGUCCCACACCAUCGGCCAGGCCAGGUGCGCCACGUUCCGCGGCAGGAUUCACAACAACGCCUCCGACAUCGACGCCGACUUUGCCGCCACGAGGAGGCAGCAGUGCCCAUCGGCCGCCGGCAACGGCAACGACAAUCUCGCGCCGCUGGACUUGGUGACGCCCAACUCGUUUGACAACAACUACUUCAGGAAUCUGGUGGAGAGGAGGGGCCUGCUUCAGUCCGACCAGGUGUUGUUCAGCGGCGGGUCCACCGACGGUAUUGUGGAUGAGUACAGCAGGGACCCCGCCGCUUUCAGCUCCGACUUCGCUGCCGCCAUGGUCAGGAUGGGCGACAUCGAGCCGUUGACGGGUUCUCGGGGAGAAGUCCGGCGGGUUUGCACCGCCGUCAACGCCGCAGCUUGAUGUGUGCUUCAAAGUGGUUGGAUCCUUUGUUUGGAUUUUGGAAUACUCUUUCUUGAGCGCGAGUUUAUUCUAACAAUUUUUUUUAUUUAUGUGGAGUGCCAAUUGUGAUUAGCGAGUUUACUUUUUUUACCUUUUACCUUUAUACUCUGAUCAGUGUAAUAUGUUCUUUGUUUUUUGAAAGUUUAUCGGUGUAUAAGUUGAAGUAAUUUCAAUUUACCGCAAGUGUGCAGUCAGUUCAAUUCAUCUGUAUAAUUCUAUGUGUUUCCCUAUGUUAUUUUGGAAUUAAUUAUUCACUUCAUUCGGCACUUGGCAAUGAAAACAAUAUUCCCCC